AUGGCUUCCAUUUCCAAGGUUCCUGCCCAGCAGUUCCUGGACUUUGUCAAUGCUUCCCCUACUCCCUUCCACGCUGUGCAAUCUGCCAAGGACCUUUUGGCCAAGGCUGGCUUCCAGGAAAUCAAGGAAAAAGAGUCUUGGGCCUCCACUUGCAAGCCUGGUGGCCGCUACUACCUCACUCGCAACACCACCACUCUUAUCGCUUUUGCGAUCGGUCAGAAAUGGAAGCCGGGCAAUUCGAUCGCCAUGAUUGGUGCCCACACUGACUCCCCGGUCCUGCGGGUCAAGCCCGUCAGCAAGAAGCAGGGUGAAGGUUAUAUCCAAGUUGGUGUGGAGGCCUAUGGUGGUGGCAUCUGGCACACCUGGUUUGAUCGUGACCUCGGUGUCGCUGGCCGCGUCAUGACCCGCGAGAGCAACGGAUCCAUUGUGCAGAAGCUGGUCAAGAUUGACCGUCCCAUUCUUCGCAUUCCAACUUUGGCCAUUCACCUUGAUCGCCAGGAGAACUUCUCUUUCAACAAGGAGACUCAACUGUUCCCCAUUGCUGGCCUCAUCGCCGACGAACUCAACCAACCUGGUGAGAUCAAGGCCACCGAGACCAAGGAGGAUGAAUACGCACCCCUGAAGACUGUGUCCCAGCGCCAUCACACUCGAUUUGUCGAGCUCAUUGCCGACGCGGCCCAAGUGAAGCCCGAGGACAUCUUGGACUUCGAGCUCACUCUAUUUGAUACGCAGAAGUCCUGCCUGGGUGGCAUGAACGAGGAGUUCAUCUUCUCUCCCCGGUUGGACAACCUUAACUGCACUUACUGUGCUACCGCCUCCCUCGCCGAGUCUGCUCCCUCCGAGAAGUCCCUCGAGAACGAGGAGGCCAUUCGCCUGAUUGCCCUUUUCGACCACGAGGAAAUUGGUAGCCGUACUGCUCAGGGUGCGGACUCAAACAUUCUGCCCUCAAUCAUCCGUCGUUUGUCGGUUCUUCCUUCAAUCGCUUCCUCCUCAGAGGAUGUGUCCACCGCAUACGAGCAGACCCUUGCCACCUCCUUCUUGGUGUCUGCUGAUAUGGCCCACGCCAUCAACCCUAACUAUUCCCAAAAGUACGAGCCUGAUCACAAGCCCGUCAUCAACAAGGGAUGUGUAAUCAAGAUCAACGCUAAUGCCCGCUAUGCUACCAACUCCCCCGGUAUCGUCCUGCUCCAGGAGAUCGCUCGCAAGAAGGGUGAGCAGGAGAGCUUGCCUGUCCCUCUGCAGCUGUUUGUUGUUCGCAACGACUCGAGCUGCGGUAGCACCAUUGGUCCCAUGCUGUCUGCUGCCCUUGGCGCCCGGACUCUGGAUCUCGGUAACCCCCAGCUGAGCAUGCACAGCAUUCGCGAGACUGGUGGUACCUAUGACGUUGACCACGCCAUUCGCCUCUUCACUGGGUUCUUCGAGCACUACUCGGAGCUUGCCCCCAAGAUCUUUGUUGACUAA